AUGAAACUUCGAUCGCAACUAGUGGAGCUGAAUGAACUACGAGUUCCACGCUGCGUCAAGUUCACAGCGGAUCCUCGACUUGUCCAGGUACAUGGGUUUUGCGACGCCAGCCAACGAGCGUAUGGCGCAUGCAUAUACCUGCGAACUGAAACCACCAAUAGCUAUCGCGUGGAGUUACUUUGCUCUCGAUCGCGCGUUGCGCCGCUCAAGGCCAUUUCGUUACCUAGGUUAGAAUUAUCUGCAGCAUUACUGCUGUCGCAGCUUUUAGAAAAGUGGCAAGGCCCAGAAUUUUUACGGUCACACCAGGAUAACUGGCCAAGCGGCAAAUUUACUCAGUCUGAAAGUGGCAUGCCGGAGAUGCAGAAAAUCACGGUAACUGCCGUUUCUCUCGAACGAUCGGUGGUGGACGAAUUGGUCAGUAAAUUCUCAAGUCUCACUAGGAUAUGUCGAGUUCUAGCCUACUGUCUUAGGUUUCGCAAGGCACAUUGGCCAAGUUUACCAACCACUCUCCUUUCUCACAACGAAAUAGCUUAUGUUCUCAACGUCGCAUGCAAGGCUAUACAAAGGGCAUCCUUCCCUAACGAAUACGGAGCAUUGAGUAAGGGGAAGUCUAUCAGUGCAUCUAGCAAAAUACUUUCAUUAUCUCCUUACAUGGACGACACAGGAUUAAUUCGCGUAGGGGGCAGAUUAAAGAAUUCCAGAUUACAAUUCGAUGCUCAGCACCCCAUUUUGUUACCCCGUGAACAUGAACUAACAAAGCGGGUAAUAAACUACGAACAUGUGCGUAACUUGUACGCUGAAACGCAGGCAACCAUGGCUGCCGUAAGACAACGGUUUUGGCCUCUUUCUCUCCGGUCGUGUACGCGCAAAAUUCUUCGGAAUUGUGUAACUUGUUUCAAAGCCAAGCCAGUUCAGUCGGAAGCGAUAAUGGGCUCUCUACCGGCCAAUCGCGUCACCGAAUCAAGGCCAUUCUCGCAUUGUGGCGUGGACUACGCUGGUCCAGUCAUACUAAAGGAAGGCAGGCGGCGAAACGCACGUAAUACUAAAGCAUAUAUUUCCGUGUUUGUAUGCUUCUCGACAAAAGCAGUUCACCUCGAACUAAUGAGCGAUCUCACUUCAAAUGCAUUUAUCAGCGCGCUCCGGCGUUUCAUUUCGCGAAGAGGUAGGCCGGCAUGUUUAUACUCGGACAACGGAACUGUUUUUGUGGGAGCUCACAAUCAACUCAAGGAAAUUCAGGAUUUCCUUAAAACACAACAGGCUCAAGCCGACAUAGGGCAAUUUUUCUGCAAGCAAGAGAUCACGUGGAAGUUCAUACCUCCCAACGCGCCUCACUUUGGAGGCUUAUGGGAGGCUGCAGUAAAGUCAGUCAAGUAUCACAUGGCGUGA